AGCAUCCAGUUAAAAAUAAGAAAAACACUAAUAAAAUACUAACUAAUUAGUAUAAAAUUAUAACUUAGAAUGAAUUGCAGAUCCAGCACUUGUCUCAAAAUGAUUAUCAAUUGCAUGAGUUUGGGCCCGGAUCAUUGGUGUUGUGAUGCGUCUGAGGAAGACAAAAUACUUCAUGCCCCUUUAACGCGGCUGCGGAGCCCGAAGUCAAGAAGUGCGAAAGUCUAAGGAAGAAACGGCGGGUUCACAGCGCCUACCAAGCACAGAAAUUGAAGUGUCGCCUCCGGGUAACCCACUUGCCAAUUUAUAUCGCUUCCUCUUCUUCUCACGCAUGAAUGCGUGAUGUUGCAAUAUGAUCUUAUUAGAAUAUUGAUUAGUUGGGAGUGCGAGUAGAAGACAGAGAGAGAUCAUAAGAAGAAGAUAAAAAUAAUAAGAAACAGACAGAAAAACUCCAUAACACCGCGCCUCAGUCAGUAAUGGGGAAGCCGAAGCAGCGGCAGCAGGAGCAGGAGCAGCCGCCUGUGUUGUUCUCGUUAUCCGUGUUCUUCUUGUGCUUCUUGAUCUCGAUCGGGUGCAGCGACGCCCAGCAGGAGUACGAGAACAACGAGCAGGACAACUGCUACGGGACGAACGGCUCCUCCACGCUGGGCUACUCCUGCAGCGGCGGCGGCAGCAGGUCGUGCACGGCGUACCUGACCUUCCGGGCGGCGGCGCCGUCCUACCAGUCGCCCGUCGACAUCUCCAACCUGCUGUCCGCCGACGCCGCCAACAUCUCGUCCGUCAACGGCGCCGCCGACGCCUCCUCCCCGCUCCCCGACGGCCGCCCCGUCCUCGUCCCCGUCGCCUGCGCCUGCGCCGGCGCCUACUACCAGCACAACGCCACCUACACGCUCAAGUCCGCCUCCGAGAUCUACUUGACCGUCGCCAACGGGACCUUCGCGGGCCUGUCGACGUGCCAGGCCCUCAUCGCCCAGAACCCCCGCUACGAGAGCCACAACCUCUCCGUGGGCCUCACCAUCGCCGUGCCCCUCCGCUGCGCCUGCCCCAGCCCCAAUCAGACCGCGCAGGGAUACAAGUACCUGCUCACCUACGUCGUCACCUGGGGCGAAGACCCCUCCGCCAUCGCCGGGCGCUUCGGCGUCGACCCUCAAGCCCUGCUCGACGCCAACAGCCUCUCCGCCGACUCCACCAUCUACCCCUUCACCACCCUGCUCGUCCCCCUCAGGUCCGAGCCCACCGAGCAACAGCUCCUCGCCGCUUCCCCUCCCCCUCCUCCCUCUUCUACCCUUCCUCCUCCUCCUUCCGGCUCAAGCAGCAGCAGCAGCAGCAGCAACAAAUGGGUUUUCAUCGGGAUCGGGAUCGGAGCCGGCCUGCUAAUCCUCUGCGGAAUUCUGGCCGGUCUGCUGACCGUCCGCUUCCGCCGCCGCCGCGCCGCCGGUCUCCCCCCGGGCUAUGCAAAGGGAAAGACGAAUUCGGAGUCGGGCGGGGCCCCCGGCGAUGCGCCGAUGAAGCGGCCGGCGCCUCUGAUUUCGAGCGACGUCCGCAACGUGAUCGAGUCGCUGGCGGUGUACGAGCACGGGGAGCUGGAGAGGGCGACCGGGUUCUUCGGCGAGGAGCACCGGAUCAAGGGGUCGGUGUACCGCGGGGUGAUCAACGGCGACAGCGCGGCGAUCAAGCGGCUCAAGGGCGACGUCUCCAACGAGAUCAACAUUCUCAAGCACAUCAACCACUCCAACGUCGUCAGGCUCUCCGGCUUCUGCGUCCACGACGGCGACACCUUCCUCGUCUACGAGUUCGCCGACCACGGCUCCCUCGCCGACUGGCUCCACCACCACCACCACCACCACCCCCACCACCCCCACGAUGGCAGCAGCAACGAGUGGAGUAGCGGCGGAAGAGGUUAUCUCAGCUGGAAGCAGCGGGUUCAGAUCGCCUACGACGUCGCCGACGGCCUCAACUACCUGCACAACUACACCAACCCGCCGUACAUCCACAAGAACCUCAAGAGCAGCAACAUCCUGCUCGACGCCGAAUUGCGCGCCAAGCUGUCGAAUUUCGGCCUCGCAAGAGCGGUGCUGCCGACGACGGACGAAUCUGGGGAAUCGGCGCCGCAGAUGACCCGGCACGUCGUGGGCACGCAGGGCUACAUGGCGCCCGAGUACUUGGAGCACGGCCUCGUCACGCCCCAGCUCGACGUGUUCGCCUUUGGCGUCAUCAUGCUCGAGCUGCUGUCGGGCAGGGAGGCGGCCUCUUUCGCCGACGACAAGGAGACGAAAGGCGGCGAGAAGGCGCUGCUGCUGUGGGAGUCGAUAUCCGGAGUGCUCGGCGGAGAGGACGUGCGGCGGAAUUUCAGAGGCUUCGUCGACCCGUACCUGCAGAGCGAUUAUCCCUUCGAUCUGGCGUUCGCCAUGGCCGAGCUGGCGAUGCGCUGUGUGUCGCGCGAGCCGGGGGCUAGGCCGAGCAUCGGCGAGGUGCUCGUGUCGCUGUCGGCGAUUUACAACGCCGCCUCUGAUUGGGACCCUUCAGAUUACAGCCACUCGGGUUCCAUGAUCCAUGCCAGGUGAUUAACACUUGCUUUUUCUGGUUGCUCUCAUUCAACACUCCGCGCCAUUCAAUAUUAUUAUAGAACAUGACAGAGAAGAUAAAGAUGUACUUGUAGAGAUGGUAUUAAGCCAAGAGAUUCAGCAAAUUUAGCAGAAUUUUAUGAGAGUUUGAUGUAUUUAAUGUUUUUGCUGUAGCCUUGUGGAAUAACAAUUACUAUUCAUUUGCCUUUUAAGUUCUUGAUUUGACUGUCGCAA